GGAGUGGGAGUCCUGGUUGCUGUGUGUGAGGCAGGCGCUGGUGUGGACGGAUGGGGUGAGUGAAUUGGACCGUCUCUCUUUCCGUCCACCUUUCUCCUCACAGAAGGAGCCCGAAGGAAGUUCGCUGAGGGGACUUGGAGGCCGUUCUGAGAGGCCCCUCUUUGCCCGGCUGAGGGGAACCGGGGCCCAUAACCCUCUCAUAAGCAGAGAAGAUUCCAGUUUCCUCUCAGAAGGUCCUGAAUUGCGUGAAUACUCAGCUGAUCUGCAAAGGACUAGAUCUAAACCAAGGAGCUUAUGGUCUGUGUGUUGACUGAGGGAGAAAAAGCAUCUUUGGGACAGCCUGUCAAAACACACUCGGAGAAUCUUUACAAGUUGCUUUACAGCAACUGCUCAUGCUUGUGACCCAGAGGCUCCUUGAAUUUCCUAAGCCAUUGUUCCUGUUUCCACACCACUUCCAUGGAGAGACCUAGAUGUUUGGAAGGAGAGUGGGACUAAAUGGUGCAAUGCCUUCCUGCGUUUUGGAGGAUAUUGCAUUGGUUGACUGCCACUGAUGGCAUGUUGAGGCCCACUGAGCAGCGGUGGAGUCGGUGUGUGACCGCAAGAGGCCUGCUCUGACAGCUGGGCACACAACAAUAUGGGCCAGUGCGUCACCAAGUGCAAGAAUCCCUCAUCGACCCUGGGCAGCAAAAAUGGCGAUCGAGAGUCAAGCAGCAAGACUCACGGCAAGCGCAGCACAAUCCACAAGGAGGAGCACAGCACUGGCAGCGGGAAAUCGUCUGGUGACAUCCUGGUUAAUGGGACUAAGAAGAUGGAGGCAGCUGUAGAAUCCAGUCAGCUUCCUUCUUCCUCCGGGGAUUCCAAAAAAGAACCUGUUUCCGGCACGGAGGAGUCCUCUCUCCACAGGACCGAGGAAUUAUUUAGGAGAUACAAAGAUGAGCGAGAAGAUGCCAUAUUAGAGGAAGGCAUGGAGCGUUUUUGCAAUGACCUCUGUGUUGAUCCCACCGAAUUCAAAGUGCUAGUCCUGGCGUGGAAAUUCCAAGCAGCUACCAUGUGCAAAUUCACAAGGACAGAGUUCUUUGAGGGCUGCAAAGCAAUAAAUGCAGACAGCAUUGAUGGGAUUUGUGCCCGGUUCCCCAGCCUCUUAAAUGACGCCAAGCAAGAGGAUAAGUUCAAGGAUCUCUACCGUUUCACUUUCCAGUUUGGCCUGGACUCCGAGGAGGGGCAGAGGUCGCUGCAUCGGGAAAUAGCCAUUGCUCUCUGGAGACUGGUCUUCACGCAGAACAAGCCCCCCAUCUUGGACCAGUGGUUACACUUCUUGAACGAGAACCCCUCAGGGAUCAAGGGAAUCUCCCGGGACACGUGGAACAUGUUCCUCAAUUUUACUCAGGUCAUUGGGCCGGACCUUAGCAAUUACAGCGAGGACGAGGCUUGGCCCAGUCUCUUUGACACCUUUGUGGAGUGGGAAAUGGAGCAGCGGAGGAAGGAAGGCGACACCAAAUGCGCGGCAGCUUCACAGACAGCGAAUCUGUUUGCGGACCACUGUCCUUAGCGCCCUUUGAACUCAACAGCGACCUGCUGCGACCUGUUAAUCUUUCAUGACCUGUAAGCUCUGGACUCCUCUGGAAUUUACAGACGCUCCAGAUUUUUCUACUUUCCACCUUUCUCUGCCUUGUAUUUUGAAAGGGCUCUAAAAUGCUGUAUCCAUAUUUUAGGCACUUUCUUUCAAAUUUGGGGUUAUUCCUGUUUCUUCUUUUCCUGAAAUGUUUGACCCUGGCUGCAAGUUCAAUGAUUUUUGUUUUUCUAAAAAAUGAUUUGAGAUUUGGUAUCAUCAUUACGUCUUGAUGUUGGUUACACAACCUUUUUUUUAAAAGAAAGAAUUUGUCUUUGGUUAAAUUAACAUUGCUAAAUUAUCCAGUGCCAGAUUGAAAUUCUGCAAAGUUACAUCUUUUUUUAAAAAAAGUUUUCAGGGCAGGUCUAUACUGUGUGUAGUGCUGUUUACAUUGUUGCAUUUUUUUUUAAAGAUUGUGAUAAUUUUAAAGUUUAUACCAUGAAUGAAUAACAGUGUUAACUGUUAACUACAAAAUGCAUUUAAUUCCCAGGUAAAGAAGAAUUUGAAAGCCAAUGAAAGCAGCAGUGUUUUUUUGAGUGUAUGUGUGGCAUGGGCAGGUUUUUUAAUAGAUAAAAAACAUUUUUAUUUGAAAUAAUAUACUGUACCUGCCAGUCUAAGAUCCUUAAUAACUUUUUUGAUUUUAUGGCAAAGUCACAGAAGCUGCAAGAUUUGAUUUGGGAAGGGGUGUUUUCUUUCCAGGACACUGGAAUAGGACGCUCCCAAAGUUUGUUGUUUUCAACCCUCUUUUAAAUAAGAAAACUACUGGCAAAGUGUUCAGUAUUACUGGGUUGCUGUGAGCUUUCUGGGCUGUAUGGUCAGAUAAAUUCUGGGCUGUAUGUUCCAGAUAAAUUCUCUCCUGAUGUUUCACCCACAUUUAUGGCACGCAUCCUCAGAGGUUGUGAGAUUUGUUGGAAACCAGGCAAGUGGGGCUUAUAUAUCUGUGGAAUGCCCAGGACAAACCUCACAAUCUGGAAAAGGUUGCAGCCUGGGGACAUAUCUGUAGGCGUUGUUGCCAUGUUAUGGGGACCUACGGCUGUUGUGUUGUGACUGCGACGUGGGGAACAUGCAAGCCUUUAGUGUUGGAGAAGAACCCCGAAGAGAAGCCUCUUGUCCAUGGCAUUCUUUCUUUCUCCUGAAGGAAUUUCCAAGGGUCCCCCUGAAUAGGAUCAAUUGGGUUGUUUUGUCAGGACAAAGUCAUCUGAAUCGCUAGUAAAACCUGAAUCCAGUUGAAAAUACUUGAAACACAUCCCUUUACACCUGCCCUUUUCAAUGCUACCAGAGGUGCUGUUUUGUAAGUGUGGCUUUGUGUUUGAAGGGCCCCUGCUCUUGAAUCCAGAUAGGAAAUCCUUUAUUGUUACAACUACAUGUGCGUUUUGUUUAACUUCAUCUGUUGAUUUUAAUUACAGAGGAAGUUUCGUGCCUAAAAGGCGGGGGAGUCUCCUGUUUUAGUGUGGCGAAACCAGCCUCAGAGGCGCUGAACCCCCUCCAGCUUCAUCUUGCCACAUAUUUAACCGCCUGCUUGAAGGUUUGGCCCAGAGGCAAACAAGCCUUGGUUAUUAAACACAUGAUGAACGACAGUAA